AUGCCCAAAGCUAUUACUCCCAAGGCCGAUCGCCCGGCCCGGCGUCACAACCCUCUCGAAAACGAUAUCCUCGCCACCGGUCUAUUGCGCAACAAGCCCAGCAAGAAAUCUAAAAAUACUGGAGAUGCCGACGAGAGUUUUGUCGACUCCAAGGCCUCAAAGAACAUUUUGAGGAUUGGUCGUGAGCUUGCUGAAGAAGAGAAUGCCGAAAGAGCGUCCUUUGCUACUGAGCCAACCGUUGAUACCUUCGGCUACAACUCUCGAUUUGACGACAACCUUGAUGGCGAAGAGGGCAAGACUUAUGACGAUGAUGAGGCAUGGGGAGACGACGACGAGGUAGUGGAAGAGAUUGAAGUCGAUCCCGAAGACCUUGAGAUGUAUAAAAAAUUUAUGCCUGACGAGGAGGACGACUUGUUGAAGCACGGCUGGGAUCUCAAGCCCUCUGGUGACGCUGUUGAAGGCGAGAGCCGGAAUCUCGCUGACAUUAUUCUGCAAAAAAUCGCAGCACACGAGGCUGCUGAAGCCAGGAAAGAUGCCGAUGUACCCAUCGACGACUACGAGCUACCGCCCAAGGUGGUAGAGGUAUACACAAAAAUUGGUGAGAUUUUGUCCCGCUACAAGUCUGGCCCUUUGCCCAAACCAUUCAAGAUUCUCCCAACCAUUCCCCAUUGGGAGGAAAUUCUCGAAAUCACCCGACCAGAUCGCUGGACACCCAACGCCUGUUUCCAAGCCACUCGAAUCUUUGUUUCUCAUAAGCCAAUCGUUGUUCAGCGAUUUUUGGAAAUGGUCGUGUUGGAAAAGGUCCGCGAAGACAUUUACGAAAAUAAGAAGUUGAAUGUCCACCUGUUCAACUCCCUAAAGAAGGCCCUUUACAAGCCAUCCGCCUUCUUCAAGGGUUUUCUCUUCCCCCUCAUUGGCAGCGGCACUUGCACCCUGAGAGAAGCACACAUCAUUUCUGCAGUUCUUGCCCGAGUCUCGGUCCCUGUUUUGCACUCUGCUGCAGCCCUCAAGGGCCUGUGCGAAAUUGCUGCCCAAGAAGCUUCCCAGGGAAGCGAAGGAGGUGGUGCUACAAAUAUCUUUAUCAGGACACUACUGGAGAAGAAGUACGCCCUACCCUACCAAGUUAUUGACGCUCUCGUGUUUCACUUCCUCCGAUUCCGUAGCGAAGAUCCUGCCAGCGUUCAAGAGGGUGAUGCCAUGGCUGGAGUCUCGGGUGAGGGCGACGUCAAGACGAAGCUGCCCGUCAUCUGGCACCAAAGCCUGUUGGCAUUUGCGCAACGAUACAAGGGCGACAUUACCGAAGAUCAGCGCGAAGCGCUUCUCGAUCUACUUCUCGGUCACGGCCAUUCUGCAAUUGGCCCCGAGGUGCGACGAGAACUAUUAGCCGGACGAGGACGUGGUGUUCCCUUGGAACCGCAGGGUGAAGCUCUGGAUGGUGAUGAUACCAUGGCAAUUGACUCUUAG